AUGCACAAGCACAAGGAAAAGUCGAAAUCCGAAGCAGCGUGGAGCGCCUGGUCGGAAUGGGUUUGGGAUGGCACCCGCAGCUCCUACUACAGAGUCCGCCAGGAUGCAAAUGGUAGGGCUCUUUCGCAACUUGUUUCUUGUAAUCUCGACUACGAAUGGAACAUGCCGCAGACGACUCCUCGCGAUGUGGAACAGCUCACCGAUGACUUUCGAAAACUCUCUCCGGGCUAUUUGUCCUACGACACGCAAGGGACUGGAGAAUACACAGUAUCGAGCGGAUCCAAGGACAGGAGAGCAGGCAAGUCAAAGUUCAAAGGAAAGCAUCGCACCCAUGACGACUCGGUCGGCGACGACGUCGCAACAUGCCAUCCCUACGACGAACUUGCGUCUUACUCGCAGCAACCGUACGCAUACGACGCCCAGCAGUAUAGCUAUUUCCAGCCACCCGAGGAGUACUACUCUCAACUUUCCCAAGGCUCCAGAGCUGUGGAUUCGUACGCCCACGACAGCCCGGCAUACUACGUCCCGAGCGAGGUGCACAGUAACGAAGAGGAUGAAGAGGAGCGAAUGCGAGAAACAAUGGCAGCCAGGGUCGUUGGUCUGUACGACGUCCAUGAUGGCUCCGGAGAGUCAUCCACGUCCGCUCACGUGAAGCACUAUGACGACUAUGAGGGUCCACCGACACCAAAGGCGCAUCUUUCAGCCGAGGGGGAGUUUUACGAGGUGCUGGACCCGCGAUACCGAUUGGAACACUCCAGCAGAUUCCAGCCGGGCGAGGUUAUCUUCAAGGUCCACUGGUCCGAACCGCAGGGAUCCGGCAACGAGCAUGCGCCCAGCGUAUCCGACAAGCAAGAGAUCCAGAACAGGUUUGGCACGAAAUUCUUCGUCGGCUUCCGACGCUUCGUCGUUGUCGCCAACGAUCACGGCCACAGCACCUGCGUGCCUGUUCUCACCUACGGCGGCAAGGGAUGCAAGAAGAAAGGCGUCAAGCCGGCGAAGCACGGCAUCAUCCACGAGCGCGGCCACAAGGCGAGGCUCCUGGACGGAGAACCAAAACUGGGUUUCCCGCCCGUCAGGGUCGAGAUAACGGAGGAGGGAGAGGCGCUGACGAAAGAUUCGCGAGUGAACUACUCGAAACUCGUCACAGUCGAGCACAACGUCAAGGUCUUUUUCAUCGGAGCCGUCAUCCAGAGCGACUUUGAGAACGUGCAGGCGGCUGUAAACCGCUGUUGGAUGGAGAAGAGCCACUAUAAGAGACGGUCGAGGUGA